AUGACAACCUAUAAGCCAAAGAACAUUCUUAUUACCGGUGCGGCUGGCUUCAUUGCUAGCCAUGUCGCCAACCGCCUCAUCCGUAACUAUCCUGAAUACAAGGUUGUGGUUCUCGACAAGCUAGACUACUGCUCCAAUCUGAAGAACCUGAAUCCCUCUCGUUCCUCCCCUAACUUUAAGUUUGUCAAGGGAGACAUCGGCAGUGCUGAUCUUGUUAACUACAUUCUAAUCACUGAAUCCAUUGAUACAAUCAUGCACUUUGCAGCGCAGACCCAUGUUGAUAAUUCCUUUGGCAAUUCAUUUGAGUUUACCAAGAACAACAUCUAUGGAACCCAUGUUCUGCUAGAGGCUUGCAAGGUGACUGGCCAGAUCAGAAGGUUUAUUCAUGUCAGUACUGAUGAGGUGUAUGGAGAGACUGAUGAAGAUGCUGUGGUUGGUAACCAUGAGGCAUCUCAGCUCCUCCCAACAAACCCAUACUCUGCCACUAAAGCGGGCGCUGAAAUGCUUGUCAUGGCUUAUGGCAGGUCAUACGGCCUCCCUGUCAUAACAACGCGAGGGAACAAUGUCUAUGGGCCGAACCAGUUCCCUGAGAAGCUUAUUCCCAAAUUUAUCCUCUUGGCUAUGAAAGGACAGCCCCUUCCCAUCCACGGUGAUGGGUCUAAUGUGAGAAGCUACCUUUACUGUGAGGAUGUAGCCGAGGCUUUUGAGGUUGUGCUUCACAAAGGUGAAAUUGGGCAUGUUUAUAAUAUAGGGACAAAGAAAGAGAGGAGGGUGAUUGAUGUCGCGAAGGAUAUAUGCAAGCUUUUCUCAUUGGAUCCAGAAAACGCUAUCAAGUUUGUCGAGAACAGACCGUUCAAUGAUCAGCGAUAUUUUUUGGAUGAUCAAAAGCUUAAGAAUUUGGAUUGGUCUGAGCGAACCACGUGGGAGGAAGGGUUGAGAAAGACAAUGGAAUGGUAUACCAGCAAUCCUACUUGGUGGGGAGAUGUCUCUGGAGCACUUGUGCCUCAUCCGCGGAUGCUAAUGAUGCCUGGGGUUGAAAGGCAACCUGAUUGUUCUGAAGAAAUCAAGAACACGGAGUCAGAAAGCAGCCCGGGUCAGAACAAGAUGAAUGUUCCGGCUUCAAGGGGGGCAGCUGCUUCUCCUAAGAAGUCUUCUUUUAAGUUUUUGAUUUACGGGAGGACUGGAUGGAUUGGGGGCCUUCUUGGGAAGAUAUGUGAGAAGCAAGGGAUCCCAUAUGAGUAUGGGAGGGGGCGGUUGGAGGACCGGUCUCAGCUGAUCUUGGAUAUUCAGAAUGUGAAGCCAACCCAUGUGUUCAAUGCUGCCGGAGUUACUGGCAGGCCUAAUGUUGACUGGUGUGAAUCUCACAAGCCUGAGACGAUUCGCACCAAUGUCGUUGGCACGUUGACUCUGGCAGAUGUAUGCAGGGAGCAUGGCUUGUUAAUGAUGAACUAUGCUACUGGCUGUAUAUUUGAAUAUGAUGCUGGCCACCCUGAAGGUUCUGGUAUUGGUUUCAAGGAGGAAGACAAACCAAAUUUCACCGGUUCAUUCUACUCAAAGACAAAAGCUAUGGUUGAAGAGCUUAUGAAAGAAUUUGAAAAUGUGUGCACUCUCAGAGUCCGCAUGCCAAUAUCUUCCGACCUUAGCAAUCCUCGCAACUUCAUCACUAAGAUUUCUCGUUACAACAAAGUUGUUAACAUUCCAAACAGCAUGACAAUCUUAGAUGAGCUUCUGCCCUUAUCAGUUGAGAUGGCGAAAAGGAACUGCAGGGGCAUAUGGAACUUCACCAACCCUGGUGUUGUAAGCCACAAUGAGAUCUUGGAGAUGUAUAAGAAAUACAUUGACCCCGGCUUUGAGUGGGCUAACUUUACACUUGAAGAACAGGCUAAAGUCAUCGUUGCAGCUCGAAGCAACAACGAGAUGGAUGCAUCAAAGUUGAAAAUGGAGUUCCCGGAGUUGCUAUCAAUCAAGGAUUCACUGAUCAAGUAUGUCUUUGAACCUAACAAAAAGGUUUUCGCUGAAUAAAACUACAACCAACUGCAUGGAAGUUUGGUAGUUGUUGCAUGGGAUUUCUAUUAUUAUGAUUUACGCUUCUGUGCACUUAUUAUUAUUUGCUAUAUCUAGUCCUAGAUAAGAUUUUCAUUGCUAGUGCUAAUGUGCUCAUCUAUGUUCAUGUGACUAUGGUUGAAGCUACUGCUUCUUGACGUGGUUGCAUUGUAAUUUUGGAUUCUAGUAAUGGAGCUAUGUUAUCGAUCAAACUUUGCCUUUUA